CCCUUUCCGAUGUUUCUUACAAAGCUUCAAGGUUCGAUAUCAAUAUCAAUACCUAUUCAUCAACACAAGCACAUCAGUUAAUGUAAACACCACAUUUCACCAUGACGCAAACGCGUCUUUCCCUGCUAUCCAAAUGUCGAAUUAAUAAGAUAAGCGAUCUCGCACAACCAUUUUGUUACUUCCACAUGACGUUUCUCGUUUAUGGAUCCCAGAUCCUAUUCUCUUUUCUCGAGCCCGGGUCUCUGAGUACCGGAGAAACGGUGAUUUUCAAUGCAAGUGCGUGGGCUAUGAUAUGGUGUUAUUGGAAGACUUGUUCUGUUGAUCCGGGGGAAAGGGGCUGGGUUGAUAGAGUUGCGAGUGAGAUUGAGAAGGAAACGGAGAAGGACGGGAGGGAUGAGAAGGCGAUUGGAGAAGGGGAAGGUUUAGAAAAGAUAGAGUGGGAAAAUGUGAGAUGGUGUAAGAAAUGUGAUGCGGUGAAGCCGCCUAGAGCACAUCAUUGUAAACAAUGUAAACGCUGCAUCCCCAAAAUGGACCACCACUGUCCCUGGACUAACAACUGCGUCUCCCACAUCACCUUCCCCCAUUUCGUCCGCUUCCUCUUCUACGCCGUAUUUUCCCUCCUCAUCCUCGCCUUCUUCCUCUGCAUCCGCAUCAGCUACGUCAUUUCCGAAAGUACCCUCCCCUCCUACCUAGGCCCCUCAACCACCUCCCUCACCCUCCUCUUCAUAAUCACCUGUUCCGCCGGGCUCUCCCUCUUCGCCAUGUCCCUCCUCUUUCUACGCACCAUCUACUCUCUCGCAACAAACAUCUACAUGAUCGAAGCCUGGGAAAUCGAACGCCACGAUGCGGUCAUCGAGCGCUCAAAAUCGAAAAAUAUGCGCGGCUAUGUGUAUGCGAAUGGAGGACGCAAGGUCAGAGUGCACAAAGUGGAAUUCCCCUUUGAUAUAGGCAUUUGGGAGAAUAUUGUGCAAGCGAUGGGGAGUGCGAAUAUACUUGUAUGGUUUAAUCCACUUGCAGGGGGACCAAGUUUAGAGAGCGCGGGGACGUGGGAGGAAAAUGGAUUUAAUGAUAGGGUGGGUAUGUGGCCGCCUCCGGAUCCGGACAAGUUGGGAAGGAGGGCGGGAUGUGUGGGUGUGGAAACGAUCCCGAUGGAAGAGAAAGUCUACGGGAGUGUAGAAGAAGAACGAGAUGCAUUUAGACAGCGUCAAGAAGCAGAUUUGAAACGUUGGAAGAAAGAUGAUAUAGGAGGUACUAUCAAUAAAGGAGAUGGGUACUAUGAAGAAGAUGACGAAGAGGAGGAGAACGAAGACGAAAGUGAAGAAUAUGAAGAGGGACUCGACGGAGAAGAGGGCUGGACAAAUUCGGAAGGUGAUAGAUUGAGAGAUUAUGGGGUGGAUGAAGAAGCGGAUGUGGUGGAUGAAGAUGAGAUACCGUUGGGAGAAUUGAUACGACGACGUAAAGCGAGGAAUUUUGCAUCGACAUGAGGGGUAUAAUGUAGAAUAGGAUGGGAUCAAAUAAAACGAAAUAGAUAGAAUAAAAUGUACUUUUAGAAUAUAAAAUUUCUCACGAAAAGGAACACUGGCGAGACGAUAUUUAAUUAGAACC